AAAAUUAGAAGCUCUAGGGUUAGGAUUCCGGCGAUGGAGGAGGCGGCGGCGGGGAGGGGGAAGGAGAUGGAAAGGAUAAAGGGACCAUGGAGCCCGGAGGAGGACGAGGAGUUGAAGAGGCAGGUGGCUCGGCACGGUGCCAGGAACUGGUCGUUGAUAAGCAGCUCGAUCGCUGGACGUUCCGGCAAGUCGUGCCGGCUCCGAUGGUGCAACCAGCUCUCACCGGACGUGGAGCACCGGCCGUUUACCCCCGAUGAGGACGCCAUCAUCGUCCGCGCUCAUGCUCGGUUCGGCAACCGAUGGGCGACGAUCGCGCGACUGCUCUCUGGCCGCACCGACAACGCGAUUAAGAAUCACUGGAACUCCACGCUGAAGCGGAUCUUAUCCAACUCUGCCUUCGCCGGCGCCGGCGCUGAUUCCGUGCUGGAUCGGUAUGAGGAGGAGGCUGGGCGGCCUGCUAAGCGGAUGAAAAGCGGUGAAAUCCCCGGCAGUCCGUCCGGGUCGGAGCUCAGCGAUUCGAGCAACAAGACGAGUGGAUCCGAGAUCCAUCGCCCGGUGCUGCUGCCGGAACCCAUCGUUUCCUCGCCGCCGGUUGAUGAUCCAGAGACUUCUCUCACUCUUUCCUUGCCCGGCACGAAUCGAUCUUUUCCGUCCGAUAAGCAUCAGACGGCUGAGAUCGUCGAUGAUGCAGCGUUUACGCGUGAGUUUUUCGCGAUGAUGCAAGAGAUCAUUCGUAAGGAAGUGAAUGAAUAUAUGCAGGAGGCGAAGCAACGCGGCGCCGGUGAGAUGAUGAUGCGCAUGUCUCCGCCGCCGCUGGAGCAGACGUCGCCGGAGAGCGUGAAGAACGCCGCCGUGAAGCGCGUUGGGGUCACGAAGAUGUAGGUGAGAAUGAUGAGCUUGGAAAAAGUAUGACUAGAGUUAGUUUCUCUGGAUCUUCAAAAAGUUUCCUUCUUUUUUUUAAUUAAAAAAUAUUUAUAUA